UUUAGGAAGAAAAAAAAAAAAAAAAAGGUGAUGCCAGAGGCCACCAUGAUAUAAAUUCCCAGUUCCCACCAUUCUCUCUCAUCCUUUUCUCUCUCUCUCUCUCUAAAACUCUGCAGUCGGUGAAGGAAAGCUUCUUGAUUGCAAUGGAGGCGUUGCUCUGACUCAUCGCUCUGUUUCCGAAUUCGGAGAAGAGUUUGGAGGAGAAAGACAGAGACUUUGCUACAAAGCAAUUGAAAGUUUCGAUUUUGGGAGCUGAGAGCAGAGAAAAAGCGUGAAGCUUUUUCUUUAAUGGCGGUGGAGUAUGUGUGUUGCAGUAGCGGCUUCUUCAUUCACAUACUGGUAAUCGUGUUUCUGGUAUGUUUCGCGGGGCUAAUGUCUGGGCUCACCUUGGGCCUCAUGUCCCUGAGUCUCGUCGAUCUUGAAGUCUUGGCCAAGUCAGGGAAGCCCAGCAGUCGCAAGCAUGCUGCAAAGAUAUUGCCAGUUGUGAAAAAGCAGCACCUGUUGCUUUGCACCCUACUAAUUUGCAAUGCUGUUGCAAUGGAGGCACUUCCCAUUUUCCUGGAUGGUUUAGUGCCAGCUUGGGGUGCAAUUCUAAUUUCGGUGACACUAAUUCUUCUGUUUGGUGAGAUUAUACCACAAUCUGUUUGUUCCCGUUAUGGUUUGGCGAUAGGUGCAGCAGUGACUCCAUUUGUCCGUGUCCUUCUGUGGGUCUGCUUUCCUCUUGCAUAUCCAAUUAGCAAGUUAUUAGAUUAUCUUCUCGGCCAUGGACAUGUAGCUCUGUUUCGCAGAGCGGAGUUGAAAACGCUUGUAGAUAUGCAUGGCAAUGAGGCCGGAAAAGGUGGAGAAUUGACACAUGAUGAGACAACAAUUAUUGCUGGAGCACUUGGACUCAGUGAGAAAACUGCCCGUGAUGCCAUGACUCCUAUAGCUGAAACUUUUGCAAUUGAUAUCAAUGCCAAGCUUGACAGGAAUUUGAUGAAUCGGAUAAUGGAGAAAGGGCAUAGUAGAGUGCCAGUUUACUAUGAAGAGCCUACAAACAUAAUUGGACUUGUCCUGGUCAAAAACUUGUUGACAGUUCAUCCAGAAGAGGAAACUCCUGUAAAGAAUGUCACUAUACGCAAGAUCCCAAGGGUUCAAGAAACAUUGCCGUUGUAUGACAUACUGAAUGAAUUUCAGAAAGGUCACAGUCACAUGGCUAUUGUUAUAAGACGGUGCAAUACUCAGGAGCAGCCCAAUGGCAAUACAGCUGACAGUCCAGUGAAAGAAGUGAAAGUGGACAUUGAUGGUGAAAAGCCUCCUCAGGAGAAGAUUUUGAAGAGCAAAAGAUCACUGAACAAAUGGAAGAGCUUUCCUAACAGUGGGAAUAUUUCACAGAGGAGUGGGUCCAGAAGCAAGAAAUGGUCCAAGGACAUGUAUUCAGACAUCCUUGAGAUAGAUGGUGAAGCACUCCCAAAGCUCCCAGAAGAGGAAGUGGCUGUUGGCAUUAUAACAAUGGAAGAUGUUAUCGAAGAGCUUUUACAGGAGGAGAUAUUUGAUGAAACUGAUCAUCAGUAUGAGGACUCAUAACACCAGUCUUUCUAGGAAGCAGUGUCUUGUAGUACAUAUGAUCACAAAAUAUUCGUUAAUUUUGUUUGCCCCUGGGUUCUAAUAUAGGUAAUGAGGUGCACUAGUGGAACCGUGUCUCUAGCCAUGGAAGCGAUGUGGCAUUUAUUAAUACUCUAGUAUAUCACCAACUUUAUAUGUUUUGAGGUGAAUGGCAAAUUUUCGCCUCGCUUAGUAGUGAGAAAGAUGUUUUUGUCCAAGCUGCAGUUGUAUGUCAGAAAGUAAUUUGGCAGUGAGGAAGCUUAAAUUUGGCAGAAGUUUAA